UCGCUUUCGUAUCUCGUCGACCUUUGCGUCAAGAUCACGCAGAUUUGUGGAGGAAAGUCUGGAUUAUAAAUGUUCACAGCAGCCCGAGCGCCGUUGUCACAAAACGACUGACGUGCGUGUGAAGAGCUCAUGUUUCAGCUAUGAAGCUAUUUACAGUUCUGUUUUGUAUCGGCGUUGUCUUGGCAGAUCGUGCCUCAACUUAUAAAAUCAGUGCUCGAGACGUGGAAGGUGGGUCCACAGGCAAGCUUCAGGAGGUACAAUUUGGCGAUGUGGCGCAAGAACGCAGUCCCAUGUCACGACUGUUUAUUGCGACUUUAAGUAAAGGUUCGGAGCACACACAAGAAGCAGAAUUGCCUGUCAAAGAGGUUAGGGCUGUAGCUGGGAGUGAUCAAACUUCAAAAGGAGACCCGCGUUCAAAAAGAUCACCCCACAGACGUUUCAAAGGAUGCUUCUCGUGUGGGCAUGGCGGUGGUGGUUACUACGUACAGCCGUAUUAUCCCAAACCAGUUUACGUUGAAACGUACUACAUCAAACCUGUUGCAUAUGUACAGCCGGUCUAUCAGAAGCCAGUUUAUUCCUAUCCACAGUACAGUUCAGGCUGUUCAACUUGUGGAGGCGAUUCUGGCUCAUUCUCCUACAGCCAGAGUUCAGCCUCUAGUUCGAGCUACAGCUAUGGCUACGGAAAGAAAUAAGGCAGAUGACCACUGCAGUUGAAAGAGUGGACUGUGUUUUUCUGGGUUGUGACGCCAAAUAUUGUUGAUUACUAAAUUUUUCGAGUAUUAUACUGCCUUUGUCUCAAUCCACCCUGAAGACAGAGGAAGCACAUUCAUCUGAAACACUGAUAACUGCCAGCAAGACUAAAUAGUAUCACAAUCGAGACUACGGUCCACUGCUACAGAUGCCUGCAACUGGGACUCCAGAUUUGUGCAGAUGGAAAAUCCCUUAGGUCCUUUCACGCAUUAGCGCUGUGGGAUGAUGACUCGCUGAACAUAUUAGAUGACAAAAAUAUUUUAAACAAAUGUAAAAUUGUUUUGUCUUCCAAUUUUACCUUUCAACUUGUGGCAGAAAUGAAUACUAAAAAUUACAAUCAGACAAACGACCCUUGACAUAUCUCGACCCUCACAACUUGGGUGGGUCAGAAGCACAUUAAACGGCGAUGCAAAUACGUUUACUUAUGUGAGAUUUGUGAUUCUGACGUCAUCAACAUGCACUUGAGAUGUAAAUCUGUGUUAACAAAUAAUUUUCUACCAUAUUUUAUAAAAUAAAAUUAAUUUGCUCCUUGGUA